CGAGCGAGCGAGCGAGUGAGCCGAAGCAGGAAGGAAGGAAGGCAAAGGAAAGAGAGGCAGGCUGUGAAUGCUAACAAGCCCCGUCGUAGUCCUAUAGCUCCAUAGGUAGGCUAGGGUUUAAUAGAAAAAACCCGUCUAGCAAUGGAGAAGAGCGACGACCACUAAAAAAACCUACUAUGCGCCAGUGCAGCGUUCGCCCAGUGCGCAGUGAACAUCCUCACCGUCGUCGGCACGUUUGAUAAAAAACCCUCUCUCUUUUCCGCUGAGUGAAAUGUAUCGCGACUGCUCGGGAUUCACAUUCUGACAAUGGAGAUUGAAAAUAUCGUGGCCAACACGGUUCUCCUCAAGGCACGGGAAGGUGGAGGAGGGAAGAGGAACGGGCGCAGCAAGAAAUGGAAGGAGAUGUUAAAACUUCCCCACAUCAGCCUGUGUGAGGAGCUGCGCCGCACUAUUGAGAGGGACUACACCAGUCUGUGUGAGAGGCAGCCCAUUGGUCGGCUGUUAUUCCGUCAGUACUGUGACACCAGGCCAGAGCUGAAGCGCUGCAUCGUGUUUAUGGAUGCUGUGGCUGAGUACCAGCUAGCCCCUGAUGAGAAGAGGAGGGACAAUGGACUGAAUGUUUUAGACACAUACUUCAAUAACGGGUCGGCAGCCCAUCUGCCAGACAUACCUCAGGAUGUGGUUGCUGGGUGUCGAGAGAGGCUGGAGCAGAGUCCUUGUAAGGAGCUCUUCAAUGACUGCACCAAGAUAGUUCGUGAGUAUCUGAGUGGAGCUCCCUUCUCCUCCUACCAGGAGACCAUGUAUUUCUCUCGCUUCUUGCAGUGGAAGUGGUUGGAAAGGCAACCAGUAACCAAAAAUACCUUCAGACAUUAUAGAGUACUAGGAAAAGGUGGAUUUGGCGAGGUUUGUGCCUGCCAAGUACGUGCCACCGGUAAGAUGUACGCCUGUAAAAAGCUGGAAAAGAAGCGAGUGAAGAAAAGAAAAGGUGAAGCAAUGGCACUAAACGAAAAACGCAUUUUAGAAAAAGUUAACAGUAGUUUUGUAGUUAGUCUUGCUUAUGCCUAUGAGACCAAGGAUGCGCUGUGCCUGGUGUUGACCAUUAUGAAUGGCGGUGACCUGAAGUUCCAUAUCUACAACAUGGGCAAUUCGGGUUUCGACGAGCAGCGAGCCAUCUUCUACGCUGCUGAGAUCUGCUGUGGCCUGGAGGACCUGCACCGUGAGAGGAUAGUCUACAGGGAUUUGAAACCUGAAAACAUCCUACUGGAUGAUCGUGGACACAUCCGGAUUUCAGACCUUGGCCUGGCUGUCCAGAUUCCUGAUGGAGAGACGAUACGAGGGAGAGUGGGCACUGUUGGAUAUAUGGCUCCUGAGGUGAUCCAGAAUGAGAGUUAUACCUUCAGCCCGGACUGGUGGGGGUUGGGCUGCCUGGUUUUCGAGAUGAUCCAGGGCCAGUCGCCCUUCCGCAAGCGCAAGGAAAGAGUCAAGCGGGAGGAGGUGGACAGACGAGUGCGCGAGGACCAGGAGGAGUACUCUGAUAAGUUCUCUGAAGAUGCAAAGGACAUCUGCAGACAGCUGUUGGCAAAGGACCCCAAGGAGCGACUGGGGUGUCAGGGCCAGGGGGCGAUGGAGGUUAAACAGCACCCCAUCUUCAGAAACAUCAACUUCAAACGGCUUGAGGCCAACAUGCUGGACCCUCCCUUCAGCCCUGACCCACGGGCGGUGUAUUGUAAAGAUGUCCUGGAUAUCGAGCAAUUCUCAACUGUCAAAGGCGUGAACCUUGACCCCACUGAUGAUGACUUCUACCACAAGUUUGUCACAGGCAGUGUCUCCAUCCCCUGGCAGAAUGAGAUGAUUGAGAUGGAGUGCUUCAAAGAAAUCAAUGUCUACGAGACUGACGGGACACUGUGCCCCGACCUGGACAUGAACCGACCGAACCCUCCACCAAAGAGAGGCUUCUUCUACCGCCUCUUCAGAAGAGAGGCAAGUGCUAGCGCUCCAGCAACUGUCCGAGGGGGUGGGGGCUAAGGUCUGUUUUAAGAGCGGUUAUAGUGAUGACGAGAAUGAAGAACCCUCGCGACUUUAAACCACUCCCUCCUCCUGCCUCCUCCCCCUGCCGCCGACCUUCACCACCAACUCCACCCGAGCGCAAAUCUUAGGAACUCAGUGAAUGUUGACCUGUAUUUAUGAGCUGUAUUAAAAGUGUAUUAUAAUUAAAGAAAAAAGUAUGAGUUUAAAGAUUUUGUACAUUUGUACUUGAAUUUAUGUCUAGAUGUAUAUUUUCACUAAAGGUUGUAUUGUACAAAAAGCCAUAAAAGUACCACUUGAAUGCAUACAUAACAUUUUUAUUUCCUUUAUUCUUUUGGAAUGAGUAUGGAAAAUGUGUAUUGAGGAUUUUUUUUUUUUUUUUUAAGAAGCACAGUACCAGUAGUCUUUUUGUUUUUCUUAAUGUAGCAUAAGGCCUUUGUUUUAUAUGUGCUGUAUGUUUGUUGUUAUUGAUUUGGCCAAUGUGACGUGUUGUUAGCACAUCAGUCCACCCAGUUACAAACUAACCCUUAGCCUCUACACCCCAAGGCUCAAGUAGAUCUGAAUGAAGCGCAUGGAUCCCAAUGAUAUGUGAAACAUAUCCAAUCUAACAUUGCCAUAUUGAUGCCAUGCUGCUUAAACCUAUCCUUUUGUUUCCCAGAUCUAUACCAGCUCCUUUGACUGAGAGGUACAAGUGGUUGGCUGGGAACUCUGUAAAAUAAUGAGCCAUGUCCCUCCCUCAGCCCAGUUAGGCAGGUUAGAUUGAACUGGUACGUGCAGGGUGGAUGGCUGGUAUUGGUGUUGGGCUAUGUGUUGUGACUGGCAUAAGCAAACAGUCUUCUAGGUGCCUGUAUCUACUCGAUUUUAGCAGAGAUGGCAUGUAUUUAUUUCUGACAAUCUCUUAGUCAACAUGUGCAACACAUACAGUAACCUUAAAGUACAAAAGCAGUAAAACAUUUUGUAAACUCUUCUCAUGAUGUAAGGCGUACAAGUCAUUCCUAAGCUGCAAAAGAACCAGAGGACUAAUCCAUUUUAGAUGCCUGACAGUGUAUCCCUUGGGAGUUGCUAAAGUAGAUGUCUGUUACAAUAUUCACUCAGGCAGAAUGUUUGUUGGUGAUUCAUCUUCUUCAAAACUCUUGUUUGUUGUACUACCUGGCUGUGCCAUGUUUUCGCAACUUGUCCAUUUACUGUGAACCUGUACCAUGCGCGGCACAGAAAACCUUUUCACCCUGAAGUAUCUAGUAAUUUGUGUUUCUAAGGCUAGGGGCUGGUGCUGGCUGAGGCUUUCUGGUGAAUGAGUUGGCUGUGAACAUGGGUUAGAUGAUGGCGAUGAUGAUGAUAAUGAUGAUGAUGAUGAUGAUGAUGGUGGUGGAACCAUAUUGUAGAUGUGAACUGCAGUCGAUACUGGCUUCAUCUGCAUAAUGAAUUGUUGUCACAUCAAACUAACUUCCAUUGACUCAGAUGUCAGCAGCGAUUAGCCAAGGCAUGGAGUCAUGAUGGAGCCUGAUUUGGCCUCUUUAUGUUUGUGCUGUUUGCCUGUUGAUCAUAGAUAAUAGCCCAGUGACCGUAGACCCCUAUUUAUAUCCAAUGGCUUUAGCUGUGCCUGUUGUAGAGAAACAUGAAACCCAUUUAUGACAGUGACUCCAACCAUUCACCAUCCACCACUACUAGUUCAUUAAAUUCCUGUAUGUCGUUCUCUUAUAGGAAUGACUUGAGACAGUUGUUUGUUUGUGUGUGAACAGGGAAGGAUGGGGAAUUGACAAAUCAAAUCCUGCCUUUAUAAUGACUGUCAUCUAUGUACAGAAAAAAAAAACUCUACAACUUAAAGAACUACAAUUUUUGUGCACUUUUUAACAGGAGGAGGAGUUAUAUCCUUCCAGAUGAACUGGUCAUGGUCAAACUGACAUUCUAUUUGUUACUUAAACAUGGAUCAUACUGGGAUUAAUGUGUUCAUCUUUACUGGCAUCCUAAAGCGUUUUAAGCCAUUUUGCUUUUGAUUUUUCUAGUUGAGAUAGUCAUAGUUUACUCCCCACCACAUCUUUUAAUGCUGUGAAUACCCAGUUUGGACAUGCUGGCUUUGUGUGUAUAUCAAACUGUAUCCAUAUACAGCUAUUGUUAUAUCCAUCGACAUACCUAAGUAAAUUUGUACGAUCUAAAUUUAGCCACACCUUUGUGAUGUCAUCAAUUACAGUGUGGUUAACUAAAAGGGUUAAUGAGAGGUGAUUUUUUACAGGUAUUUCCAUAUCAUAAUGAACAAAGACAAGAAGACAUGUCUGCCUUUGACCUUUAUAAUAGUUCAAUGUCAUGAAACCACUUGAAUUUUACUUUAAGGAGACAGUUAAUAUCCACAUUAAUUUGAUAUGAUACAGUUACAGGUUCCAAAAUUAGAAUUGAUUUCAAAGGCUUGUUUGGCUUGUUUUGAAAACACUGUGCCCUGCAACACAUUCCAUAAUCAGAUCAGGAAUAUCACACAUGCAUCUAGCUCCUGUUGCUGGCUUGUUGUCACUUGACUUCUUGAGUAUCUUGGUUUCUUUCUUCUUAUUCUUUUUUUUCCCUUUGUUCUCCUUUGGUUGCUCUCAGGCACAUUUUGAAGCCGAUUUCUUGCAGAUGUAGAUUUUAGCCAUUUAGCUCUUCGCCUCAAAAAACUUGUAAAUGAUGUAUUUCUAACAUGUAACUAAGCUCUUCAACACACACACACACACACACACACACACACACACACACAGGGAAACUGUGUUUGUCAUUCAUAUAGCAGUAAAGAAAUGUUUAGUUUCAUUGCACUAUGGUGUGUUCUGACAAUGACAAUAGGAAGUGUCUUUAACUUGUUUGCCAAUGAUACCAAAAGCAACAUUAAAUAAAUCAUUUUUUUUUUAUUAUCUGAAGAAUUUUACAAAGACUGACAGCCUUUAUUGUAUGUGCCAAUUACCAAGUUUUAAGUUAUGACGCCCCGCCUUUUUCAACCUUUUUCCUUCCAUCCAUUCUGAGAGAAUUCCUACACUUAGAGGAACUUUAAACCGCUCAACAGUUUUGAAUGUCCGCACUAAGUGCAUUGUAAUGCCUGUUUAAAAAAAAAAAAAAAAAAGAAAAUACAUAUGUUUUAUUACUCAAGCAUGUAUCGGUUUGUAAUACUUCAGGUUCCUUGUAUAUGUAAAUGAUGACCUUCUAGUGCCAACAUAUCACACUGGUAUCUGAGGACAACUUUAUAAAUGGCAAGGUGACCAGCUGAGUUGGCCCUGUUUGAAUACAAGACAAGGGUUGGUGCUCUCCUGCCUUCCUCCAAGGUAGAGAUCAGUGCAUCAGUCUCCUAAAAACAGGGACGACA